UGGAGAGGCUGCAAGAUGGUCACACGUGUCCGCUAUUGCGUAGACAUCUAACAUGGACGAGGAGCUGUGUUUCUGUUUGUAAGAGAUAGAAGAGGAAGCUGCCAUGUCUGAGAAGAAGCCGCAAGGUUCCGACACUCGUCCCAAGUGUGGCCUCCGCAGUUGGAGUGCCGACAGCUACGCUUGGAGAGGAAAGAAGCGCUCAAGAAGCUCUCGCAAAGGUUCCAGCCCUGGGGGGCGUGAGACAGAGGGGUCAGAGGAACUUGGGGUACGUUCCACAUCCUGUCCAAGGAGGCGCAGAGAGAGAAAGUGUAGCUGCGGCACUCUGGGGGAAGACAUUGAUGUUGUAUGUCGAAAGGCCUUGUCCAGGCGUUCUUUGAGGCAGAAGUUCCAGGAUGCAGUAGGACAGUGUUUACCUCUGCGAUCCCACAAUCCCCACCAUCAUCAUCACCAUCAUGCACAGGCAGCCUCACGUCCUUUCUCUGUGCUAUUCUGGUCCAAACGCAAGAUUCACGUCUCAGAGCUCAUGCAAGACAAAUGUCCUUUCUCGCCCAAAUCUGAACUUGCCCGUUGUUGGCACCUUUUUAAAAAUCAUGCCACUCACACAAGUGCCCUCAAGGACCUGGAGGCUCACCUCAAACCCAAUGUACCAUCUUCAUCCAACCCCCCACUACAGACACUCUCCUGGGAGGAUAUCUGCUGCUCCCCUGGACCUGGAAGCGCCACUCGAGAGGACUGGGAAUUUACUUGUUCGCUUGAUGGAGCAGAGGACGCCUGCAGCCAUGUGCUGGUUCCUGAUCUCUUGCAGAUCAACAACAGCUCGUGCUACUGGGGGAUGCUGAACCGCUUUGAGGCCGAGGAGCUUCUCGACGGCCAACCGGAGGGAACCUUUCUGCUCCGUGACUCUGCACAGGAUGACUUCCUCUUUUCAGUCAGCUUUCGACGGUACAGCCGCUCACUGCACGCGCGCAUCGAGCAGAACGGCAAGCGCUUCAGCUUUGAUGUGCAUGACCCGUGCAUGUACCGGGAUGCCAGUGUGACAGGCUUGCUGAGGCACUACAGCGACCCCGCUACCUGUCUCUUCUUUGAGCCCUUGCUGUCCCAGCCGCUACCCAGGAACUUUCCUUUCUCCCUUCAGCACCUGUGCAGGGCUGUGGUCUGCAGCUGCACCACCUACCAGGGUAUCGAGAGCCUGCCACUGCCCCCUCAGCUCAGGGACUACCUGCGACAGUAUCACAUCAAGUGUCAAGGGGCCUGUGCGGUGUGA